AUACGAAGAUUUUUCACCGAAAAAUUUAUUAUUUUAUGACCUUAUGACGAGUAAUAGCGAAAUUUCUGAAAAAGAUAUAAUGAGAAAUUUUCAGGAUAAACAAUAUCCAUUGUUAACAAACGAACAGAAUUUAUAUGAUUUAGACAUAAUUCGAUUUGCACCACUUGCAGUAAUUUGUCCUGAUAAUAGUCGCUUGACCCUUUUUGACAUAUUUAGAUACGUCAAGUAUACUUUUUAUAGAAAAGAUAUAGAAGUAUUUCAUACACUAAUGCUAGCAGCAACAUUUCGUCCUAUUGCUUUACUCGUAAGACUCUUUAUCAAAAUUCUUAGUUCAUCAACAUACAUUUACGAUUUUAAUAGUGACCAAAAAGAAACUUCAAAAUUCUAUGAAAAUAUUAUUUUUGUUGGUGAGUUAUGUGAACUUAAAGAUAUUUACACAUUAUUAUAUAAAUUCAAUGAUGAUUAUGUCAAACAGAUUGGUGAAGUUAAGAAUAAAAGUCCAGCCAUUGAUGAUGAAAAUAGAAACAAAAUUAAUAGGUAUCAAAAUGAUCCUGCAAAAAUUAGAAAUAAUAGUGAUAGAUGCGAAUUAAAUAAUUACAAUUUUUAUCCUAAAUACUUGUUAGAUUACAUAUUAUACAUAUAAAUUAUUCAAAUUUUAGUAUUUAUCAAUAAUUUUUUCAAAUUUUCCUCCACAAAUAUUAUACAUAAAAGUAUCUUAUUGAUAGUAGUAUCAUACAUUAUAUAAACAUAAUUAAUUAUUACAUUAGAAUUUGGUAGUACUAAUUUUGAGAACCAUACUGUUAAAACGGUCACUGAUCAACUGACAGUAUCAAUACAGACCUUUCAUGUCUCGACAUAUAAUUACGUAUAUAAAGUAUAUAACAUUUUCCUAUUGUUAACUGUGACUACUAAAAUUAUAAUAGACAUUGUAUAAUAUGUAAUAAAAUAAAAAUAUAAGUAUACAUUAUAAUUAUUGAUAUCAUUAAACACACUAGGUACAGUAAUAUUAUUUAAAAUAAAAGUUUAAAAUGUAUUUUCACUUUUGUUAGUAUAGUAAAUGAUUUAAAAAAACACAUUUUUUCCUCGAUUAUGUCAUUUUACUCAAUGCAGUCUAUUGUAUAAAUGUUUAUGAUUUAGUUGUUUAUCGAGUUAAACCCAACCCAUUACCGUUGAACAUGUCUUAUAUUAUAUGCUUUGAUAUUUUA